GUGGGAGGCGAGUUUAUAUUACAGUGUAGUAAGAAAGCGGGUGUAUGGCCCGUAAGAAAAUAACAAGUUUAUGUGGUGAAUUCGCAAAGUUUACAACUAUGUAGCAAGGAUUAUAUGAACGAAGAUGUCGAUAUUUCAUCCAUGUGAACCUGUGGACCGGUGACCUCCUCAAAUCGGCUGCAAAAGGCAGAUUUUUUGUGUGUUGGGCUUAUGCCCAAAACCAAUAUGGCGGCCGUGUUGUUGUAUUUUGCCUUUACAGCGUUUGUUUUGGAAGGUCUUCUCCUUCACAAUGUGUCAGGGGAGAAUCACAUGUGUGCUUCAGCAUGUUCAUGUCUCCUUAAUCUUGUUGAUUGUUCUAAGUUGGGACUGAUCGAAGUUCCCCGGGACCUACCCGUCUUCGUCACUCGAUUAGAACUUCAAUUCAAUGGAAUUUCAUCCAUAACAGCAGACGACUUCAGAGGAUUGAACAAUUUGACACAGCUAGACCUAAGUAACAACGAAAUACGGUUUUUGAAUGAAUCUGUUUUUCUACACCUUCCGGCUUUGAAACAACUAAAAAUUAACCACAACAAACUUACAGAAGUCAGUAUGCUAAAAGGCCUCACAUCAUUAACCACCCUGGAGCUAAAUCACAACCGUAUCCAUACUCUGGCCAUGGAGUUUACCACUCACAUGUCUCAACUCAAAGUACUGGAGCUUAGUCACAAUCAGAUCACAGACAUUGUUCCAGGGGUCUUCCCAGUCAACAACACCCUACAAAAACUAACUCUCAAUGGAAACGGUCUGGAAACAUUUGAACCAGGAUGUUUUGACAACUUAACAUCAUUAGAAGUGUUGAAGAUGAAUAAAAAUAGAAUCCGCAUCCUGCCCAAGAAUUUAUUCAGUAAAAUGAAUAGACUGAAAACAUUAGAAAUUACCAAGAACCAACUCCGCCAAAUUGAAGGUCUUUUAUUCCGACAGUUAUCCAAUUUACAAAUUUUGAAGUUAAGGAAAAAUCAGAUAUCAGUAUUGAUGGAUGGAGCAUUUUAUGGCCUAACCAAGAUUCAGAGCUUACAACUUGAUCACAACAACAUUUCCAAUGUGACACAAAGCUGGCUGUAUAGAAUGGAGUCACUCAAACAACUGUCCCUGACCAACAACAGAAUUCAUACCAUAGAUCCAGAGAGUUUGGAGGUCUGCAAAAAUUUACAGCUUCUUGACUUAACCAAUAACCGUCUGACCUCCAUCACCCGAGGGUCAUUCUCAGAACUGAACAAUCUGCGCUCCCUCUACCUCAGUGACAACCAUAUUUCAAACAUAGAGGAUGGAGCUUUUCGUGACCUGCAGAGCCUUGAACUUCUGGAGUUGAACAAUAAUGCCAUCUCUUGGACGAUUGAGGACAUGAACGGAGCAUUCACUGGUCUAACUGCGCUUACCAAGCUAGGCCUGGAGAAUAAUAAGAUCAAGUCGAUUGCCCAGAAUGCAUUCAGCGGCCUCAGCCAAGUAGUCCGACUGAACCUGCAGAACAACCCCAUCGCCUCCAUCCAGCGUGACGCACUCAGGGUCAUGACUCAGCUCACACAAUUGUCAUUUAAUUCAUCAAGUCUACUGUGUGAUUGUCAACUGUCAUGGCUGCCUAAGUGGCUAGAGGAGAAGGGAUUCCAGAGCACAGUUACAGCUGUAUGUGCCCAUCCUGCCAAACUUAGGGGCAAAAAUAUCUAUACCAUAGACCCACAAGAGUUUAAGUGUGAGGGUGAUUUCCUACAGCCAGUGAUCACAGUGAGUCCGGUAUCCCAGAUAGCACUGAAGGGACAGAACAUUACCCUCAAUUGUAGUGCCAACAGUACCAUGCAGUCACACACACAGUUCAGCUGGAAAAAGAAUAACAUUCUGUUGAUGGACAAGAAUGUGGAGAACUUUGUUCGUGCGGAUGGAGAUAUCUACAAUUACACCUCUCGCCUCCAUCUUACCCGCAUACAGGACUCGGACAUGGGGCUCUACCAGUGUAUCAUAUCCAACGAGUUUGGCUCAGCCUACUCAAACAAGUCCGACAUCCGUGUCCAUGUAUUCCCCAAGUUUGUAAAGACCCCUCUGGACGUGACGGUUAAGGCGGGACACACAGCCCGCCUCCAGUGUGCAGCAACAGGUCAGCCCAACCCUAUAAUCAAAUGGAACAAGGAUGGCGAUGACUUCCCUGCAGCCAGGGAGAGGAGAGUCCACGUAAUGACGGCUGAUGAUGUGUUCUUUAUUGUGGAGGUGAACAGGAAGGAUGAGGGGGUAUACAGCUGUACAGCCAAGAAUGAUGCUGGCAUGAUCAGUGCCAAUGCAACACUGAGAGUAUUGGAAUCACCAACGUUCGUGAAGCCUAUGGAGACUGUUAAGGUGACCUCAGUGGGGGAUACAGCUGUGUUGGAGUGUAUGGCUGCAGGGAGUCCAACUCCAAGUCUCUCUUGGCUUAAAAAUGGCCAGCCUUUAAAAGAAAGUCAGCGCUACUUCUUUACCGCGGGUAACCAGCUCCUAAUAAUUGUACAGACUGAGAGGAGCGAUCAUGGACGUUAUACAUGUGUCAUGUCCAAUACUCUUGGUAAAGAGACCGGGUUCACCAAUCUACGUGUAAUCCCCAAGAACCGUGGCAUCGUCACAGAAGUAAAAGGCAGUCAGAAUGGAAACAAUGGUCCAAGCGAUGAAUCAACAACAACAGGAAUCAUCAUCAUCGCUGUUGUCUGCUGUGUGGUGGGGACAUCAUUGGUGUGGGUAAUUAUCAUCUACCAGACGAGGAAGCGACAUGAAAUGUACAGUGCUACUCCGACAGAUGAAACCACCCUCCCGGGAGAAAUACCCAGCUCAGGGUAUACAUCCUCUGAUAAGGAGGGCAGCUUCACUCAACCAGUCCCGAUGACCACUCCAAACUUUCAAUACCACGACUACCAGAUGAAAGAGUCUGGGUAUGAGUCGUCAUCGGGGCGAUUUCGGGCUGCAAGAGCAGCCAUAUUUCCCAGUGAUGUGGAUGAGGAGGAUCAUCAACAGUCGGUGCCUCUUACACUAGGAGAACAUCAGCUGGGGUCUGACUCACCAGAAAACAGUGUGUCAAGUUUGCAUUAUCCAAACAGUGAUGAAACAGACUCUUUAAAAAGUUCACACAGUACAAACAGUACACGUGCCAGUGAACAGCAUACCCUGCGGACUUUCCACCCUGUACCCACUAACCACGACACGUUGUCUUCGUCGCGGGUGUUGACCACCCCGAACGUGAGUGGGGUUGGUCAUUGUGAAGGGUGUGAUCAGUGUCAGGCGAAUGGUGAUAGACAAAAUUGUCACAGUGCUAAUUACAGACACUCAUUAUACAAUAGUCCACAACAGAGUGGUAUGCCGAUUCACCAUGGAUCCCAGCCGCAACCUCCAGGAGCCACGCACCCUGGCAUAGAUUACCAAGUUGAAGAUGCUGUUUGUGAUAGUCAACACAAUAUUUGUAAUUGUCGCUGUACGUCCCCUGUACAUAAUAAUUCUCCCAUCCCAGUACCAAGCAAUUCUACAGUGUGUCAUCAUGUUAUGAAAUCACCAUCACCAACUCCACCACAUUUGGUGUCAGGAAUGCCGCCACAUGUGGUGCCAAAUAUACCCAAUCCAUAUAACCACCACAACCCAUCUCUACUCAAUACUCAUGACUGUCAGGUGUGUGCUAAUAAUAAACUGUCGCUGCCACGAAACAUGGCAAUGGAUUCUAAUCAUCAUAACAAUUAUAGAGAAGUGUUAGUGGUUGGUGGUACUCAUCGGACAAGCAAUGGAGCCAUCGACAAAAUCCCCCCUGUCAUUCCACCAAAGCACAGACGUUCGCACUCGUCUUCGCAUUCAAAAGCGAAUGGCGUCACACAAAAUGGCACUUUAAAAUCCUUAGAUGGGAAAACAGUGGAUGUGUAGUAGUUUGUGUGUUGACAAGAAUGUACCCAUCAGCAUAAUAGUGACAUCAGGACGUUCUAACAGUGUGAAUGAUUCAGAAUGCUGAUGUUCAACAGCAUGAAGAAUUCAGGAUGGUCGACAGUGCUAAGGAUUCUGAAUGCCAAUGUUCAACAGCGUGAAGGAUUCAAAAUACUGUAUUCAAGUUUCUGUGAUUUGUGUAACAAGCCAAAGCUUUAUACCUUGUGAGCCACCCAGGAGGGGUGGGUACUAUUGUGACCACUGUAGGCCACAGACAUUUAUUAUUAUUUGUAUACAUUGAUAUGUUUUUGUGUACAUUGAUGACAAAAAAUGGAGAAUGAAAUGAAACGGGUAAAUUAUUGAUACUGCUUGUCCUAAAACUACUGUAGUCUAAAUGUCAGGAAAGGAUUUUACAAAAUUAUCCACAGUUGCAGAUUUCUUCUUUAUCAACUAAAAUGAAGAAAAAUAAAUGCAAAGUAAUAGCUUUAAGGAACCAGAAUUCCAAAUCCUGACUAAUAACUGCCUGUUUCCCUCUCCUCACAUAUAAAACUUCAAUCAGUUUCAAAUGUUUUGGUAUAAGUUAUGCUAUUAUUAAGAAAAAAUAAAAGAUAAAAUAGGUAUUACCAAAAUUAACUGCAACAAACUUGAUGGUGUAAAAAAUCUCUUGUCAGAGAGCUAAACAUAUAUUCACCAUUUUAUUUAUUAAGUAUAGGUGCUCAGUAAUGCAUCUGAGUUUUAAAAUGGCAAUGUUCGUUUAUGGAAACCUUAAUAGUAUAUAUCUUACAUGGCUUUUAGACUGAUUUCCCAUCUCCUGUUUUGUGUACUGAAUUGUAUCAUACAAUUUUGUAUAGCCAAUGUUGUUUUAAAGCUUGCAAUGUGUACAAAUCUUGUUCUCAUUGUAAAUAAUCAGACGGAACAUACCUCAUGCAAAUCCAUUGGUUCCAAGCGUUUUUGUUUUGUAGACUUAUUAUUACCAUGUAUAAAAUUGGUAUGUUAGAGGGUUGUGAGUGUACUGUGAAUCCCGGUAUUUCUGGAAUGUGUAUAUGUGAUCGGUACAUAUUUGUAUAUGAAUGUCAUAUCCUUGUUCUAUAAUAUAACCACAUCACAUAUUCAUGGACUGUCAAUUUUUUUUU